AUGGCACGGACGACUGGGUUUCUAAUAGUGUUAUGGAUCUCGAUCAUCCCUUCCCACCGAGCUGACAAUUUAGAGUUGCUCCUUGGAACACUCCGAACUCACCAGAAAGCUGCAUGUGACGAAGAGAUGGUGACUCUAAUAUGUCCACGGGGUACAACUAUUAGUAUACAAGUAGCACAAUAUGGGACGUCUGCGUCACAAAGCUCUUGUUCAUCAGAGCUGACGGAGUACCAGCCUGUAGCUGUUGAAGUUGUUGGAGACACAUCGUGCACGUGGCCAAGUACUUUACAGUAUUCUUUGUUGCAGACGGUGGUAGAAGCUUGUCAAAAGAAGAGGCAGUGCAAGUUUCACACCAGUCCCAAAGCCUUCGGGGUCGACCCGUGCCCAGGAUCCAGAAGGUUCGUCGAAGUAGCCUACAAAUGCCGUCCUUAUGAGUUCCGAAGUAAAGUGGGCUGUGAAAACGACGUGCUUCAUUUAAGCUGUAACCCACACUCGAGGGUGGCCAUAUAUUCUGCUCAGUAUGGGAGGACGGAGUACGACUCGAUACAAUGCCCGCAACCGCGGGGAAUGAAAGAGGAAACAUGUUUGGAGCCUUACGCAACAGAGACGUCGAUGAGAGAAUGCCACGGCAAGAGACGCUGCGUGCUCUCUGCAGACAGCAAGAUGUUUGGAAAACCUUGUCGAACUGGCAGCAGGACUUAUCUUAAAGUUGUUUAUACGUGCGUGCCUCGGACGGUCUUGAAGGAGAGGUACGAGAGCGCGCCUGAAGAGGACGAAGUCGCUCACGAUGCAUCCGAUCUUGAACACGAAGAUGUUGAUGAAACCAAUGAUCGGUGGUGGGGAGAAUCAGCGGUACCACCAGCGCCAGCAGUCGCCGCCGUCCCACCACAACGACCUUCAACAGUCACCAACAUCACCAGAGAGGAACCGUCGCCAACUCCACCAAGGCAGCAUAUCUCUACAGAAGAUCAAUUCGACAUGAUGUACGUCUACAUAAUCGCAGGAGCAGCUGGAAUCGCUUUAUUAUGCAUCAUAAUUGGUGUCGCAAAGUGUUUGAUGCACAAAAACACCGGCGACCAACCCAAAGGACCAGACGUGUCUGCCUCCACGGACAUCCCUAACGGCUUCAACGACAGCAUAUCAGAAGUCGAUAACGAUAUCAACAUCAAUAGUCUCUCAGGACCAGUUGAUACCGUGGAUUCCAGCCUGAAGCAGGAAAUGCAAAUCCAAAGUAUGGUAACGAAUUUAAGCCCAAAAAUCAAUCGAUACGUCGGUCGUCCAGUACCUAAUACGUAUCCCCAUGUCAGCACGAACAUGUACGGACAGGUGGCUGAAUUCCCUGUUGAAAUGCCUCUCCGAACUAUGCCUCAUGGUACGUUAGGACGCGGUGUUGCGGUUAAAACCUUACCUAGAAUACAAAUGCACGCAGAAACGGACCCUAAUACAAGGAGUUUAUAUCGAUAUUCAAAUGCACAGUACUACUUCGGGUGA